CACAUGUCUCUUUCUCCCCCCACGCGCCGGGAAUUCGCCCUUGUCUGUGUUGUCCUCGUUUCUGUUCUCUAUUUCUUUUCCUCAGGACGGAGUAGAAUAGAGACAGUUCCUCUGACAUUCCACGGAGACAUUACCAUCGCAGAGCCCAGCAAUGUGGCUCCUUUUGGCGCCCAGUUAAUUUGGGGGACUUCAGCUGUUCCGCAGACCCAACUUAUUUCUCAUGCUCCCGGCUGGACCAUUUUCGAUAAGCUCUAUCUUUAUAAUGGCACCAUCUAUGUCGUCUGCGAUGCCCCCCAGAAAAUCCCUGACGUCUCCAAGUUCUAUUCUAAAGGUAUCCGAAUCUUAAACGGCAAGGAAGCAGAAGAGUCUCGUCUCCCCACGAAAGAGGACAUCCAAAUUAUCAGCUCCAAGGAGGCCAGGGCUGUAUUUGGAACCGCCGCCCAAGUCAUCGAUGGAGUAACAUUUCUUAUAAAUGAUCCCCAGCAAUUCAUUACCCACUACUAUCAUUGGUCUGCUGAGCUAGGAUUUGGACUUUGGCGAGCGUACAGCUCUCUUGACCACUAUAUCACCCACGAUGGCAACACAACACUUCCGCCUCCACGUCGCAUCAUGUUUAACCGCAUUGACGCCGCCCGUUGGCGUGACUAUGCAGCCAUGAACCAAUGGUUUAUUCGAUCAGCCUGGCCGUCGCUUACUAUGGAAUUCAUAGACGACUGGAAAGAUCGCAUAUCAAUGGGAGUGCCCUUUGUUUUCGAAAGAGUCCUCAUAGCCGACCGUUCUGCCACGAUGAUGGGUCACAAUUAUGCCCGUUUCCAAAGAACGGCUGCUGUGGCUUUCCCUUUACCCGGCAGUGCUUAUUGGUGGAUGCCAAUUCGCAACAACGUCGUCAAAUACACUGGCUUGGAACCAGCCGUUGGUAGUGGCACUCUGAGCACCCCCGUUAUAACGUAUAUCUCGAGACAAGAAUGGGGCCGCCGUAUGUUGAUUCCGGAGGACCACGAUAGAUUGGUUAGAGAGCUCUAUAAGCUACGCGAUGAAUAUGGAUACGAGGUGAACGUUGUUAGCAUGGACAAGUUAUCACGAAAAGAGCAGAUUAGAUUGGCUGCAAGAACGACCAUUAUGAUGGGUGUACAUGGAAAUGGUCUUACGUCGCUUUUGUGGAUGAAUCCUUCUCCAAGGUCAACUGUCAUCGAGUUUUUCUUCCCUGGAGGGUUCGCCCACGAUUAUGAAUAUACCACUCGCGCGCUCGGUAUGGUACACUACGGAUUCUGGGGAUCACAGUCUUUCACCAGCCCCGGCACACCUCUCCCCAAGUACGUGGAAGGAUUUCAAGGAAACGCUAUUCCUAUCGAUGGAGAAGCGGUAGCUCGACUAUGUCGAGACAGACUAACUCUAACCAUGGAGGACGACGAUUAGUUUGAACGUACUGGUGGCGCGCUAGCUAUGCCAUACUCCUAUCGGAGUCCUAUCCUAUGUUUGCAUAAUAAAAAAUGUACAAAAAAAACAACCUACAAUUGUAGCCUAGAGUAGACCGCUUAUUAGGUCUAUCUUCUCUGCCAUCAAUUGGAGGAGGUUCGUAACCUCUGUG